CCUUCCUGCAUUGUGUUAAAGUUGAGUUUUUAUUACUUGGGAUUUAAUUAUUUACACACUGUACAAGUUUAUUUACCUUUGGUUUUCAAAUUAUUUUCAAUUCCUUUGGCGCCGUCCUAGAUAUAGAGACGGAUUUUAUAACAUUUGUAUUCUGUAUUUAAAUAUCGCGGAUUAAAAUCGUAUUCUAGUAAUAUCAAUAACAUAUUUUAUUUAUAGUUAAGAAAAUCAUGAAUGAUAUAGCUUAUCUUUUAGAUUAAAUAUCACAAAAUCGGACAUUGUUUUCGCACAUAUGUUCAGACUUUGACCCAGUGAGAAGCUUAGUGCAUAAAGUAGAACGAAAACUGAAAAUGGUGACGUUAAAUAAUAAAGGCGUAACAGAUGAUCAGCUCAAGGAGUUGUUCCCAGAUUUGCCAGCAGGUCCAUUGGAUGUGUAUAGGAAGAAAGCGACAUUCGACUGGCGUCGUAUGAAACUUGUUUACGAUAACUUAUCGACAAUGAAGAUGAAAAAUGACAUAUGGAAUUACAUGCUUGAGAACCCUCUCUUCCGGCACCAGGAAGCGACGCCUUCUUUGGAUGAGCAGCGACACAUCGCCACAAAGAGGAUGUAUGCAAUAUUCAGUCAAAACUUUACACCCCUUAUAAAGAUCGGUGCAGAGCCAAGGCUGUUCCAAUCGGAAACUGAAGCGUUAUUCAUGUUUGACAGUUCCCUAGCUGUAAAGAUAUCAUUGACCUUCCGAAUGUUCUCAAAUGUCAUCCAAGGCAGUGGCCGUAGUCACCACUACAAGUACAUAGAGCAAGUAGAAAGUGGGAAAAUUGGGGGCUGCUUUGCUUUGACCGAAGUGGCUCAUGGAUCUAACGCUAAAGGCAUGAGGACAACCGCAACUUAUUGUCCUGAAAAGAAACAAUUUAUUAUGCACACACCGGACUUUGAAGCUGCUAAGUUUUGGGUAGGCUCGUUAGGCAAAUGCGCGACACAUGCAAUAGUGUAUGCGAUGUUAAUCUCGAAAGGCAAGAACCACGGCCUGCAUACAUUCGUGGUGCCUAUCAGAGACCCUAAAACCCUGAAGCCAUACCCUGGAGUAACCGUAGGAGACAUUGGAGAGAAGAUUGGUCUUAACGGCAUUGACAACGGUUUUGUGAUGUUCAACAACUACCGUCUCCCUAAGGAGGCGGCGUUGGACAAGAUGGGCGGGGUGGACGACAAUGGAGACUACCAGACCCCUUUUAGAGACCCCAAAAAGAGAUUCGGAGCCUCAUUGGGUAUUCUGUCUGGUGGCAGGGUGCAUAUAACUUCGAUAUCCGCCAACUACCUGCAGAAGGCCAUCGUGAUCGCCAUCAGGUACUCCGCGGUCAGGAGACAGUUUGGACCUGAAAACUCUACUGAAGAAUUGCCAGUACUAGAGUAUCAGCAACAACAAGUCCGCCUGCUGCCGUACUUAGCGACGACGUUCGCGCUGCGCGUGUUCUGCACGUGGUUCGGCGCGGUGCACGUCGCUAUGGCCGUAGACAAUAUCACAGGUAUCUUUACAAUAUCACCUCGCUACACGCCCCCACUGAGGAGCUCGGGGAUCUACCCUUCGUCCGCUCUGGGCGAGCUGCGGAACGACAACGACGCGAACUGCACCUACGAGGGCGAGAACAGCCUGCUGCUGCAGCAGGCCAGCAACUGGCUGCUGCAGCUGUGGCCGCGCAGGGCGCAGCUCGCGCCCGCCGACCACCCCCUCGCCUCCCUGGCCUUCCUGCCCGCCGCAGACCGCACCAUCGCCACCACCUGCCCCUGGACUAAGCUCGAGGAUAUCAUAGAACCAGCCAAUUUAAUAGAGAUGUUUAAAUGGCUGACGGUGUACACAUUGAAGACGACGUAUGAGAAAGUGUCGAGCCUGAAGGGGGCCGGCAGAGACAACUUCCAGGCCAAGAACGAGUCGCAGUCAUACCACGCUACCUCACUCUCUGUUGUCUAUGGAGAGAACUUCAUAUUAAAUAAUUUCUACAAGAGUGCGCUGGAGUUCCACGACGCGGAGUGCAGGAAGGUUCUGCUGCAAAUGGUGGCCUUGUACGGAGCCUUCCUCUUAGAGAAACAUCUCGCCACCUUGUACAUUGGCGGGUACCUGGCGGGGGCGCAGGGCGCGCUGGUGCGCGAGGGCGUGGUGCGGCUGUGCGCGCAGCUGGCCGCCGCCGCGCCCGCGCUCGCCGACACGCUGGCCCCGCCCGACUGGUGCCUCAACUCCGUGCUGGGACACGCGGACGGGGAGGUAUACAAGCACCUGCAGAACAACGUGCUGACGUACCCGGGGGCGGUGGCGCGCCCCGCCUGGUGGCGCGACGUCGUGCACUGGCAGACAUACGCGCCCUCCAAACUGUAACACGCAACGAUAUACACAAAACACUAUUUUACAUACUUAAGAUGUAUUACAUUUAACACACUGCAUAUAAAAUUAUUUUACAUAUUACAUACUCAAGAUGUAUUACAUUUUACACACUGCAGAUAUAAUAAUUUUACAUAUUACAUACUCAAGAUGUAUUACAUUUUACACACUGCAGAUAAAAUUAUUUUACAUAUUACAUACUCAAGAUGUAUUACACUUUACACACUGCAGAUAAAACGAUUUUACAUAUUACAUGCUCUAGAUGUAUUACAUUUACACACUGCAGAUAAAACGAUUUUACAUAUUACAUGCUCUAGAUGUAUUACAUUUACACACUGCAGAUGAAAUGAUUUUACAUAUUACAUACUCAAGAUGUAUACAUAUAGAUGUAUUACAUUUUACACUCUGCAGAUAAAUUCAUUUUAUAUAUUACAUACUCAAGACGUAUUACAUUUACAUAUAGACAUAUUACACAUUCCAGAUAAUGUCCUUAUAUUUUACACACUAAAGAUACGGUACUUAUGCAGUUUACACAGUGAAGAUGAAAUGUUUUAUUUAUAUCUUAAGGAAUAAAUUAUUUUACAUACAACAGACAUAAGUAAUUAAAUUGUAAAACAUACGCAAUACUUUAAGAGAAAUAUGUAGAUAUAAAAUUAUUUUUAAAUAUCAACACUAAGGAGCUUAAAUAAUGUGAUGGGAAAUAUAUUUUUGUAUAUAGAAGUUUUAUAUGAAUCUAUGUUAUUUUUUUAUUAAAAUAUGUUAAACGUUCA